UAAACAGGGACACUCCCCCUCAUCAAGAUAUUGAUGCUGAAAGCGAAGGAUCAAAGACCCCAGUGUCAGUACAUAAUGGGCAAUGGCAAACAUAUAUGUCGGACAAAACACCAGUUUCUCAAAAGAAGACCUGGAAAAGUGUACUUUGUUAUGUGGGAACAAUAGUGUUAUCAGCAUGCAGCUAAUUGUGCUUGACAGUUAUUAUUGUGUAUGGCAAUAACUGAUGGUGGGCACAUAAGAUGGUGCUAAUUGAGAUGGCCGGGGCUGAGGACACCAUCUACCUGUGUAAUUUUCGGGUUUCUGUGGAUGGUGAUUGGCUUUGUCUCAAGGAGCUUGCAGAAGGUGGUACCAGCAUAGGAGUCGCCAGGGUGGAGAGGUCAGCUUCCACAUCACCAGGGUCGCCCCCACCCUCAGAGCGGGACCCUGUGAGCAUUGAGCGUAGCAAUCUUGUAAAUAUCUGCAAACUAGUGGUCAAAGAACUCAUAGAAUCAUCACUCAAGUUUGGACGCCAGCUUGACUCAGAUUCCGUGCCGCUUCAACAUUUUUUCAUUGUUUUGGAACAUGUUUUACGCCAUGGGCUUAAACCUAAGAGGGGUAUCCUGGGACCAAAGAAGGAAUUAUGGGAUCUGUUUCAAAUGGUUGAAAAGUGGAGUUACGAGGCACAGGACAUCACUGCCAGUGUGCGGGAUCUUCCCACAGUCAAAACUCAUAUCGGAAGAGCACGUGCUUGGCUUCGCUUAGCACUAAUGCAGAAGAAGCUUGCCGACUAUUUUCGACUGUUAAUCGAAAGAAGGGAUGACUUGCUGACAGAAUUCUAUGAAAAUGGUGCCCUGAUGCUUGCAGAUGAGGCUAUCGUCAUUAUGGGGCUUCUUGUAGGACUAAAUGUCAUUGAUUGCAACUUGUGUGUUAAGGAAGAAGACUUGGACAGCCAGAUGGGUGUAAUUGACUUUUCACUAUACUUAAGGAAUGCAGGAGGUGACACAAGUCCAGAUGAUUCCCCAGAGCAGUCAGACAUGACCACAGUGCUUGACCAGAAGAAUUAUAUAGAAGAACUUAAUCGCCAUCUGAAUGCCACGGUGACCAACUUACAGGCAAAAAUGGAGGCAUUAACCACCACAAAUGCACUCAUGAAAGAAGACCUGGCCAUUGCAAAAAAUUCCAUCAUACAUUUGCAGGAUGAUAAUGACCGUCUACGUAAAGAAAAGGGUCUUCCAACCCAACAGCAACAAGAACAGAUAGAUAAGGAGGCCAAAAAAGCAAGUCGCAUUAGUGUGAUUGGCUGCGAGGAGGAAAUGCAAGAUCUGAAGCGGCAGCUGGAAGAAGAGAGUGCUCAUCGGAAACAAGUAGAAAAAGAGCUUGAGCUUCAAAUUCAGAUGAAAGCUGAAAGUGAGAUGGCUGCUAAAUUGCUAGAGAAAGACAUUCACGAGAAGCAAGAUACAAUUAUCUCCUUACGACAGCAAUUGGAUGAUAUCAAAGUUAUCAAUCUGGAGAUGUACCGGAAAUUACAGGAAUGUGAGAGCUCAUUAAAACAGAAAACUGAACUCAUCGGUCGUCUGGAGGCUAAGGCGGCAGAAAUGGCAGAGACCAUACGCAAUUUGGAGUCAAAGUAUGAGGAAUGCGUGAUUCAGAAAGAUGCUGCCAAGGAAACAGCUCAGAAGCUCAGCGAUAAGAUAUCAAAGGAAGAAAUCAUUUCAUCUACAUUAGAAACAAAUCUUAAAAUAGAAAGGGAAUGGCGACAAUCCUUGCAAGAAGCUCUGAUAAAAGACCGCGAAUUGAAAGCCGAACUUCAACAGGAAGUUGCACAACUUGCCAAGCAGCAAGAGGAAUACAACAUCCUAAAAGGGGCUCACAUGCAGCUAAUUUCCACUGUUGAAAACCAAGAAAGAACACUUGAAGAGCUAGGUGCCCAUCUCUCUGAAUCUAAACUAAAGAUGGCUGAUCUUCGGGAUGUUAGCAAGUCUUUGCGUGAUGCUCAGUGGGCACCCGACAAAGAAGCCACCAACUGUCGCCUAUGUGAAAAAGAAUUUAACAUUUCCCGACGUAGGCACCAUUGUCGGCACUGUGGAAACAUAUUUUGUCACAAUUGUAGUGAUAAUACUAUGCCUCUUCCAUCAUCAGCACGACCAGUUAGAGUUUGUGACACUUGCCACACUCAGUUGUUACAGCGCUAUUCUAAUUCUGAAAACUGAUAAUGUCAUAGGUAGUGAUGUUUAUAGAUUUCUUUUAAAAGUUAAGAAUCAUAUUCUAUACAAUAUACUGUAUAGUAUAUGAUUUGAAAUAAUGUAACCGCAUAUACUGCAUUUAUAAUUUUCUUCUGCAGACUAUCUGAUAGUAUUUACCCUUCUUCUUUGAUUCUUAGGAUGUUGAAAAAAAUUCUUCAGUUGUUUUAUUAUGUCUUUAUGGUAUUUGGACUACCCAAAGCCCACUUUCAGAUGUUACUAUCUUUACCUGGAGAUUAUUAUGAUGUAGCCAAAACACUGCAAAAAUUUAAGACACUAUAAAAAUUUGAGAUUUUGGAAGAAAUAUUUUCCAUUGUCCUGAAAGCCAAAGUGCACUUUGCUGGCAUUAACCAAUAAUAGCAAUUCAUGGCUUGAUUUUCUGAGAGGCCCCUCAGUAGCUCCCCGAAGCUUAUAUGCUUGUGUAGCCAAGCCUAAAGAAGUGCACCAGGCCUCUAAGACCCACACUAACCUACUAAGAGCAUUACCAGAAUCUUCCAUACACCUGGGCUCUAGGAGUCUUGAACUGUGGACCCCGAGCAUGUGAGGCCGACACUCUAUCGACCGAGCUUUGAGUAGUCAUGAUAUUUUACCAGAACUUUACUCAGGGAUUAGAGAUUGAGCCAAAACUAUCCCUCUGAAAGUGUAGGCAAAACAAAACAAAUUAUUUUGUGAAGAAAGAAAGAAAAUCUGAGGCAAACAAUUCUAACCUUUAUGUACACAACUGCCACCAGAUGGUGGUGUAGGUCACACAGGAUCCCACCCAUCUCGCUUGCUAUCCUAGUUUGGUUUCAAUGACAUAAAGAAAUUGUCAUUUUUGGUUCAAUAUAAUGUUUAAUAUAAAUUAAAAGUAUACUGCAUUUCUGGUAUGUUUCAUAUUGUAAAUGAAGGGAAAUUCUAACAUUAAGAAAAAGAUUACCUAGCACUGCAACAACAUUAGAUGCCAUAGACUGUUAUAAUACAUAUACUAUCAGGUAACUUGUUCCUUUCACAUCAUCCUAUAAUAUACCGACAUUCCCUUAUCCUCAUUCUUGUGCAUACUUCCCUCUUUCUUUUUUGUCUGCAAUAAAUAAGAAAUACAGAGAUGGUUACGAAAUAAGCAACUACAUUUAGGGUCUUUGUAGUACAGUUGGGUUCAUUUUUAACCUGCAAUCAGAAAUCCCAGGUUCAAAUCCCUUGUGGGACAAAAAUGGUUAUGGGUGUUUUCUUUCACCUAAUACCUCAAUUCACCUAACAAUGAAUAGGUACCCAGGAAUUAGUCAACUGUUGUGGAGUUGCUUCUUGGGGAAGGGUCAGUAGUUCGACCUUACAUUGGGUAAGGUCCUCGACAUCAAGCAUACACGCAUGGGUCUCAAAAGGCCUGGUGCAUUUAAGGCCUGGCUACAUCAGCACAUAAGCUACAGGAAGCUACCGAGGGCCCACAAAAAAAAAAAAAAAUUAUUUCAUUACAUUCAAUGCUUGAUUUUUAUAACUGAUAUAUAACUACAGUACUGUAUUGAACUAAGUUUAACUUGUUAUUAAGUACUGUAUAAGUAUACUGUACGUUCAGUGUUUAUUGGCACAGGAUUCUAAUUUAAUUAGUUUUACUAUAGUAUGAAAUUUAAAGUGUUUUAGGUUUUAUUGUUUAUUAGAUCUGAAAAUAUUUGUUAGUUCUAAUCUCAGUUUGUAUUCUCUGUUGUUACUGAAACAAAAAGUACAAAGGUAAUUGCUAUUAAAUUCAUUCUGCAACAUCACUGAAUAGUCUGCUAUAUGGAGUAUGGUCAGAUUGUACACAAGCUGAUUCAACAAAACUAAUUUUUUAUUUGUUAAAACAGAAAGUAUCUUUAGGUUAGGCUCAGUUGGGUUGGGUUAGGUUAGGUUGGGUGAGUUUAGGUAAGUUUUAAAAUCCAUUGUCGAACCGUUUUCUGUACAGUGUGACUUGCAUCACAGCUACACUCGCAUUUUUCCUUUCCACACGCUGUCUUCCUCUGUACCAUGUUUCUUCCUUGUAAAUGAUGACCGAGGUAAUACUCAUUCUUUC